AACCCGCUGCGUCCAGGCUGAGAGAAGAGACCGGAAGUGACCGAUCCAUGUAGCUUGUAGAGCUGCGGACACUCACAGGAGAGUUGUAGCGGACCUCAUCGUAGCUUGCUAGCCUGCCUGUCCAUGUAAACAACAGUGAAUAAUGGGAUUUGGAAGCUUUCUCUUCUAGCCAGUGUCCUUUUGCUCACCAUGACGCAGCCGGCGGAGAAAGUCUAUUACCGCUUUGUGGUGCUGUUCUUCAACUGUCUGUUGACAUUUGGCUCUUACUUCUGCUUCGACAUCCCCAGUGUUUUGCAAGAUCAGUUCCAAGGGAACCUGACAUGUCCCAACGCAACGGUGAUCAAUGGGACAGUGGACUGUGUGGUGGGAUUAGGGAUGACCCCUCAGCAGUACAAUCUUCUUUAUGCAAUCUAUGCUUGGACGAAUGCAGUGGUGGUGAUCAUGGCUGGGUUCCUGAUUGAUAAAUUAGGAAACCGCUUUGGAGUAUUUCUGUUCUCAUUUCUGUGUGUUUUGGGUUCGUCCCUGUUUGCUCUGGGUUCCCACUUUGAAGGAUCUCCCUAUCUGCUGCCGCUUAUGCUCACUGGCCGGCUGCUGUUUGGAUCAGGCAAUGGAUCUCUUACCAUUGUUCAGAACCGCAUCACAGCCUUCUGGUUCAAAGGGAAGGAACUGGCCUUGGCUUUCGGUCUGACCCUGGCUUUCUCUCGCCUGGGUUCAGUCCUGAACUUCUUCCUCACCCAGAGGUUUGAAGAACAAUAUGGCAUACAGUGGACACUCUGGGGCGGUACCCUACUGUGUGUGCUCGGCUUUGUAUGCGCAGCUGUAGUCAGCGCCCUGGACAAGAUCGGAAUGAGGCAGCUGGGUCUUGAUGGCGCCAUCCGAGAGGAGUCCCGCAAAGUGAGGAUUCAGGAUGUGAAGCUCCUGUCACUAAGAUACUGGCUGCUGGUGCUCACCAUCAUGUUCUUCUACAAUGGCAUCUUUCCGUUCAUCGCAGAUGCUAGUAAGUUCAUUCAGGAUAAGUACAACGGCUACAGUCAGAAGGAGGCGUCCUAUAUCGCCGGGGCGGUCUACGACAGCUCACUGGUCCUCUCAGCCAGCGUGGGCAUUCUCAUAGAUUUUGUGGGUCUGCGGGGCAUUUUUGCGUUGGCCUGUGCCAUCCUCACGCUGCCUGUGUUUGGACUCCUGGCCUUCACCUUUGUCCCCCCUCUGGUCUCCACCAUAUGGCUGGGAGUCACCUACUCCUUCGCUGCUGCAAGCAUGUGGCCUUCUAUUCCGCUUGUUGUGCCUCAGGCUACUCUUGGAACAGCCAUGGGUCUGGCUACCUCCAUACAGAUGGUUGGGAUCGGGGUGUCCAAUCUGGUCGUUGGGGAGAUUUUGGGCACCAAGUCUAGUGAAACGAAAAUUCCGUUGUGGCGUUGGCAGAGGAUGAUGAUCUUCAUGUUGGCCAACACCAUCGCCUGCAUCAUCACCUCGGUGCUGCUCAACAUGGUCGACCACAGACAGGGCGGGAUCCUGAACAAGCCGACCAAGAGGUCGGAGCAGGCAGAGAGAGACUCCGACAGAGAGCCGCUCAACCCGGGAGAGGAAGAGCGGGAUGAGGAGGACGAGGUGGUCAGAUCUCGUUCUCUCAACUCUUGAGUUUUGGUUACACACACUACUCAAAUUUGAACAUUUCUCUCUUUUUAUUUGUAUAGCGAAAGAGAAAUGUUAUAUAUACUGUAUUGGGUUUUAUAUGUAGCAGUUUUCAAAUUGAAACUUGGUUUAUUGCACACCUCACUAAAACCACCUUGCUUCUCCGUACUGUAUCUGCUGUUGCUACUACAACAACAGAUCAUUUAAACAGCAUUUA